ACCACAUGCAUAGCCAGCAAACAGCCAGUCGAGUGAAAGCACUUCAAGGGGGAACUUGAGUCGCCUUCAAUAAGAAAUUUGCUUUCGCAUCGCGAUAUUAAAAUUUUAUAGCUCUCUGCCACUUACAACUUUUCAGUGAUUUUUUCAAUCUUGAUCCUAAGUCGUAAGUGAAAGUGUCGGCCGAAUUUGUGUGCUGUGGAAAGUAGCAGGAAUUAUUUAAUUUUGGUUUACAGUAAUCGAAAAGAAGCAGAAUGUCAGCAAAGGCAAUCCGCGAAGCUGCAGGAAAGAACCUGAUUAACAAGCAUUUGGGUGGAAACACUGCAGCCACCCAGUGCCGAUUUGCUAGUGUCGAUCCCAACACUAAGUUUGCUGAACUGGUAGCAAACAAUCCCUGGUUGAAAACCGAAAAAUUAGUCGUCAAACCUGAUCAAUUAAUCAAAAGGCGAGGAAAAUUGGGUUUAAUCGCAGUCAACAAGACCCUGGAUGAAGUUCAAAAAUGGAUCGCCGAGCGCAUGAACAAAGAUCAAAAGAUCGGACAGGCCAGUGGAAAGUUACGCAACUUCAUCAUCGAACCUUUCGUACCUCACAAGGAAGAGGAAGAGACAUAUGUCUGCAUUUACUCGCAUAGACACGCUGAUAGUAUUCUAUUUUACCACCAAGGUGGAGUUGAUAUUGGCGAUGUAGACAGUAAAGCCGUAAAGCUCGACGUUCCUGUUGGUGAAGCACUGAAGGAAGAAGAUGUCUUAAAUGUGUUAUUAGCGCAAGUUAAAGCAGCUAAGAAAAGCUCCAUUUCCAAAUUCAUUAUCAACCUGUAUCAGUUAUACGUCGAUUUGUAUUUUACCUAUCUGGAAAUCAACCCGUUGGUAGUAACAGAUGAAGCGAUUUUCAUUCUGGAUUUGGCCGCUAAACUAGAUGCAACAGCAGACUUUAUGUGUCGCCCUAAAUGGGGGGAAAUUGAUUAUCCUCCUCCUUUUGGAAGGGAUGCCUAUCCAGAGGAGGCUUAUAUUGCUGAUUUAGACUCUAAAUCUGGUGCUUCUUUGAAAUUGACGAUUUUGAACAGGAAAGGACGCAUAUGGACUAUGGUCGCCGGUGGUGGAGCCUCAGUAAUUUACAGUGACACAAUUUGUGAUCUUGGUGGUACUUCGGAAUUAGCGAACUAUGGCGAAUACUCGGGCGCUCCAUCCGAGCAACAAACUUAUGAAUACGCCAAAACAAUUCUAUCAUUGAUUACUCACGAACCUCAUCCUCAAGGGAAAGUACUUAUUAUUGGCGGUGGUAUUGCCAAUUUUACCAACGUCGCUGCAACAUUUAGAGGCAUCAUCACUGCAUUCAUUGAAUUCAAAGACCGAAUGAUUGAACACAACAUAAAAAUCUUUGUUAGAAGAGCCGGUCCUAAUUACCAGGAAGGUUUAAGGAGAAUGCGAGAAGUUGGACAGAGUCUUGGAAUUCCUUUAUACGUCUUUGGACCGGAAACGCACAUGACUGCCAUAUGUGGAAUGGCAUUGGGAACUAAACCAAUCCCGCAAGAAAAUAAUGUCGAAUUUGCUACAGCCAAUUUCCUACUACCCUCCGGCGAUAAGCAACCCAUAAAGAAGAAGCCUGAGGAAGUUGAGGCUGCAGCAAGAGAAACUGCCAUUCAGGUUGCUGCGGCUCACGCGGCUGCCAGAAAAUCUGUAAGUGAACCAAACCAGAUGGAGGUCCAUGCCUCAUCCCAGGGAGAUGCAAAAACAACCCCGUUGUUCACCGCUACAACUAAGUCAAUCGUAUGGGGGAUGCAAAACAGAGCCGUUCAAUCGAUGUUGGACUUUGAUUUUGUAUGCAGCCGCCAAGAGCCCAGUGUUGUAGCUAUCAUUUAUCCAUUUACAGGAGAUCAUAAACAGAAAUUCUAUUGGGGCCAUAAAGAAAUCCUCAUCUCAGUAUACAAAAAAAUGAACGACGCCAUGACGAAGCAUCCCGAUGCUGAUGUGUUAAUAUCGUUCGCAUCUCUGCGAUCUGCUUACCAAAGUACCGUGGAAACUUUGGAAUUUCCCCAAAUUCGAACAGUCGCCAUCAUCGCCGAAGGUAUUCCGGAAAAUAUGACCAGAAAACUAAUCAAAUUAGCAGACGAAAAAGGGGUGAUAAUAAUCGGUCCAGCUACCGUGGGUGGCUUGAAGCCAGGUUGCUUUAAAAUCGGUAACACGGGAGGUAUGAUGGAUAACAUCCUACAUUCGAAGCUCUACAGACCAGGCAGUGUUGCUUAUGUUUCAAAGUCAGGAGGCAUGUCCAACGAACUAAACAACAUUGUUUCACAUACCACAGAUGGAGUGUAUGAAGGUGUUGCUAUUGGUGGAGACAGAUAUCCAGGAACGACUUUUAUUGAUCACAUUAUAAGAUAUCAGGCUGAUGACAAUGUGAAAAUGAUCAUCUUACUCGGCGAAGUUGGUGGAACUGAAGAAUACAAAGUAUGUGAUGCCUUGAAGAAAGGACAACUAACCAAACCUCUAGUGGCCUGGUGCAUAGGUACUUGCGCUAGUAUGUUUACCACUGAAGUUCAAUUCGGCCAUGCCGGAUCUUCCGCUAAUUCUACACAAGAAACUGCUACCUCAAAGAAUGCAGCCCUUAGAGCAGCAGGAGCUCAUGUGCCGGACUCAUUUGAUACCUUAGGCGAUGUGAUCAGGUCUGUCUUCAAUGACCUAGUGAAACAAGGAGUUGUCGUGCCGGCGCCAGAAGUGCCACCUCCAACCGUGCCAAUGGACUACAGCUGGGCUCGGGAAUUAGGGCUAAUCAGAAAACCAGCUAGUUUUAUGACUUCGAUUUGUGACGAGAGAGGACAAGAAUUAAUAUAUGCAGGCAUGCCGAUCUCUGAAGUUUUACAGAAAAACGUAGGCAUUGGUGGUGUUAUUUCGUUGCUGUGGUUCCAGAGAUGUUUGCCUCCAUACGUCUGCAAAUUCUUCGAAAUGUGUCUUAUGGUAACCGCUGAUCAUGGGCCCGCAGUUUCCGGUGCGCACAAUACUAUCGUGUGUGCGAGAGCAGGAAAAGAUUUAGUUUCCAGUUUGGUUUCGGGAUUGUUGACUAUCGGAGAUCGAUUUGGUGGUGCUUUGGACAGUGCAGCUCGUCAAUUUAGCGAAGCAUACGACAAGGGUAUGCACCCAGCCGAGUUUGUCAAUCACAUGAGAAACAAAGGCGAACUUAUUAUGGGCAUUGGUCACAGAGUUAAAUCGAUCAACAAUCCAGAUCAAAGGGUUUCCAUUCUUAAGGACUACGUAUUAGCCAACUUCCCUGCUACGCCAUUAUUGCUCUAUGCCCUUGAAGUAGAAAAACUCACUACUAGUAAAAAGCCCAAUCUUAUUCUCAAUGUGGACGGAUGCAUAGCCACUUGCUUUGUGGAUAUGCUCAGAAAUUGCGGUAGUUUCACUAGCGAAGAGGCUCAGGAAUAUAUUAAUAUCGGUGCCAUUAAUUCUCUGUUCGUUUUGGGUAGGACUAUUGGUUUUGUCGGCCACUUUAUGGAUCAGAAGAGGUUGAAGCAAGGUCUCUACAGACACCCAUGGGAUGAUAUUUCCUACGUUUUACCUGAGCAGUACAAUAACUAACUGUCCGAAGCGACCUAAUUUUUUUAUUUAGACAGGCUUUUUAUUAUUUUACUGUAGGAUCUGAAGUAUGAAGACAUCUAGACGAUAUUACUUUAUUAUGAUAUAUGGGUUUUUCAUGAAAUUUGCAAAACAUAAAUACUUUUUACGAACUCUCGAUACUUAAGAGUUAGAAAUGAUGUAUUUAUUGAAAAUAUUUAAAAUGGUAAUCAGUAGUAUUUUGUCGUUUUGUUAAUAGGAUAGACGAUUGCAAAUAUACGGCGAAAAACUGCGUUUCGCUCUUUUAAACCUGAUUGAAGGAAACUGUAUUAACGGAAUAUUCAGCUUUGCGGCCUCAAAUUAGAAUAAAGAAAUUGAAAACUG